AUGGUUUCUGAGAAAAAUUACAAAUCCAAGAAUGUGUGUGUGAUUGGAGCUGGACCAUCAGGGCUAGUGGCAGCCAGGGAGCUGAGAAAAGAAGGUCACAAGGUGGUUGUGUUAGAGCAGAAUCAUGACAUAGGAGGGCAAUGGUUAUAUGAACCAAAUGUGGUAGGGGAGGAUCCUUUAGGAAGAAAUCCUUUUCUAAAGGUGCAUAGUAGUAUCUAUGAAUCAUUAAGGCUCACAUCUCCAAGGGAGAUCAUGGGGUUUACUGAUUUCCCAUUUAUGGUGAAGAAAGGUAGGGACAUGAGGAGGUUCCCAAGCCACACAGAGCUCCUUCAUUACCUAAAGGACUUCUGUGAUUGGUUUGGGUUGAGAGAGAUGAUAAGAUUCAACACAAGGGUGGAUUAUGUGGGGAUGUUGGAUUAUGGUGUCUGUAGCAAUAAUGAUUUGAAAUGGGUUGUUAGAAGCAUAGACAAGAGUGAGAAGGUGGUGGAAGAGGUGUUUGAUGCAGUGGUUGUAGCCACUGGUCAUUACUCUCAGCCUAAAUUGCCCUCCAUUAAAGGAAUGGAUACAUGGAUCAGAAAACAAAUGCAUAGUCACGUUUACAGAUCCCCAGAACCACUCUGCAAUGAGAUUGUAGUGGUUGUUGGAAAUUCCUUAAGUGGGCAAGAUAUAUCGCUAGAGCUUGUGAAAGUAGCAAAGGAAGUCCACAUGAGUUCCAGAUCUCUUAAUAUCACUGAGGGUUUAUCUAAAGUUAUAUCAAAACAUGAGAACUUUCACCUUCAUCCACAGAUAGACACACUUCAUGAGGAUGGAAAGGUCACAUUUGUGGAUGGUUCCUCUAUUUCUGCAGACACCAUUUUGUACUGCACAGGGUACUCCUAUGCGUUCCCCUUUCUUGACACUAAAGGAAUGGUAGUUGUGGAUGAUGACAGAGUGGGGCCUUUGUAUGAGCACACUUUCCCCCCAUCUCUUGCUCCAUCACUGUCCUUUAUAGGCAUCCCUAGAAAGAUCAUAGGGUUCCCUUUCUUUGAAUCACAAGCAAUAUGGAUAGCACAAGUACUUUCUGGGAGAAAGGUAUUGCCAUCAUGGGAGGACAUGAUGAAAUCCAUCAAGGAGUUCUACCACUCAAGAGAAGUAGCAGGCAUACCUAAACAUUGCACCCAUGACAUUGCAGAUUUCGAGUAUUGUGUCAAAUAUGGAGAGCGUGCAGGAUUGCCACCUCUAGAAGAAUGGAGAAAAGAGCUUUGCCUUUCAGCCAUACUUAAUUCUUUUGCCAACUUAGAGACAUAUAGAGAUUCUUGGGAUGAUCAUGAGAAGCUCCAAGAGGCCCUUCAAAGUCCUCACUUCACUCAACUUGGGCUUCAAGAUUCUCCUCUGUAAAGAGCAUAUCUAAAAAAUAUUUUAUUCGUUCCCACUCCAAGUUAUUAUUCAGUUAUGUUGAUUUCCACUUUAAUUUGUAAGGUUGAAGGGGGACAUCAAUGAAUGGAUUAGAAGCUUCAAUCAUCAAAUUAUAUGUAUAAAUAAAUAUAUCUAGUCUUGAGACAAGUUAGUAAGAGAGAAAUCUUAUUGAUGUAUGUUUGUAAUUUUGUUGCAGUUAUACAUAGUCAGCAGUACAAUAAUGAGUGUUAGUAAUUUAAUUAGGUCCACCUCAAAAGAGAGCUGAGGGAUCUGGAUUUUGGAUUAUGAAAAAUUGUAGCGAAGCUAAGAAAGCUAAAUGAAAAUCAAGUGUGUUAUAAUCUUACUGUAAAAUUC